CUUGAGUUUAAUAAAAUGUUGAAAGUAAAUAAAAGCAAAUGUAAGAAUAAAAAUCAGAGGGAAGCAACUUCCGAGCAAUUGGGAUGGGAUGGGGACUGUUCAAACUUCAGUCUUCAAACUCUCGUUUCCUGUCCGUCUCUCCCUCUUAAAGCUGUAUUUUCAAUUCCCCAUUUCAUCAUCAUCAUCAUCAUCUUCUCCAUCCCGGCUCGCCUCGCCGGCAUUUCUUCCAUGGCCGCAUUGUCGCCCAAGCUCAGCCCCACCCUCCUCCUCCUCCUCCUCCUCCUCUCUCUCCUGGCGAGGCCACCCCCCGCCGCCUCCGCCGACGAACUCAAAACCUUCUCCGCCAUAUACCCCAACUUCACGGACUCCGACUACUACCGCCGUAUAUUCGAGGAGGAAAACCAGUCCACCAUCAACAACGGUGCCCUCCAAAUCACCCUCGACUCCGCUGGCGACCUUGACCUAACCAACAUGUCCGGCCGGAUCUUCCUCAAGAAAAGGUUCAAGCUAUGGCAAGGCAGCGGCGGCCCCAACAUCACCCGCGCCGACAGGGUGGCAUCCUUCAACACCUCCUUCCUCAUCAACAUCUACCGGAUUAACAACGCCACUCCCGGUGAAGGCCUCGCCUUCGUUGUCGCGCCGGACUUCAAAAUCCCGCCGAACAGCCACGGCCAGUUUCUGGGGCUCACCAACUCCACCACCGACGGCGCCGCCGCCAACCAAAUCCUCGCUGUCGAACUCGACACGUUUAACCAAUCGGACAUUGGCGACCCGGAUGCGAACCACGUCGGGCUGGAUAUCAAUAGCGUCCGAUCCGACAACGUCACCUCCUUGACGCCACACCAGAUGGAGCUCGCGCCGGGCGGCGGCCAGGCCAAUUUCUUCAAUAUCUGGGUCGAGUACGACGGAAUCAAGAAGGUCAUCGAGGUGUACAUCGCCCAACAACAAGAGAAAAACGGCACAACGCCGCCGAAGCCAGCCAAACCGGUGCUCAGAAAGGCGGAUCUCGAUCUCCGAUCGGUUGUGAACCAGUUCUCCUACUUCGGAUUCUCGGCGUCCACCGGCGACUUCAAGGAGCUCAACUGCGUGCUGAGAUGGAACCUGACGGUGGAACACUAUGGACCAUCCAACAAUGCCAUCAAGAUCGGGCUGGGUGUCGGCGUGCCGAUGGUGGCGCUACUGGCGGGGGCGGGGGCGGGGCUGGUCUAUUAUCUCCACAAGAGGCGGGCGGCGGCGCGGUCGAACUCGAGCAUUCUGGGGGCCCUGAAGAGCUUGCCCGGAACGCCGAGAGAGUUCGGUUUCAAGGACCUGAAGAGAGCCACCGGCAACUUCGACGAGAGGAACAAGCUGGGGCAAGGCGGAUUCGGAGUGGUUUACAGAGGGUUUAUACAGAGCGAGAACCUGGAGGUGGCGGUGAAGUGCUUUUCCAGGGAGAGCAUAAAGGGCGAGGAUGAUUUCUUGGCUGAGCUCACCAUCAUCAACCGUCUCCGCCAUAAACAUCUGGUUCGAUUGCUCGGUUGGUGCCACAAGAACGGGAAGCUUCUGCUAGUGUACGAGUACAUGCCGAAUGGGAGCCUGGACAAGCACCUCUUCGGCGACGCAGAUGACAAGCCACUGAGCUGGAAUCUGCGCUACAAGAUCAUCUCUGGCGUGGCCUCCGCCCUGCACUACCUCCACAACGAGUACGACCAGAAGGUGGUGCACCGCGACCUCAAGGCCAGCAACAUCAUGCUCGACUCCAAUUUCAACGCCCGCCUGGGUGACUUUGGCCUCGCUCGAGCCCUUGACAAUGAGAAGACUUCAUAUGCCGAGGCUGAGGGGGUUCUCGGCACCAUGGGCUACAUUGCACCCGAGUGCUUCCACACCGGCAAGGCCACCCAGCAGUCCGAUGUCUAUGCCUUUGGGGCGGUGUUGCUGGAGGUCGUGUGUGGCCUAAGGCCCGGGACCAAGACCGGUGGCUUCCAGCUCCUGGUAGACUGGGUGUGGUGCCUCCACCGCGAAGGGCGGUUGCUGGAGGCUGUGGACGAGAGGCUCGGCCAGGACUAUGUGGCUGAGGAAGCUGAACGGGUUUUGCUUCUGGGUUUGGCUUGCUCACACCCUAAAGCAAAUGAGAGGCCUAGAACUCAGGCCAUUGUUCAAAUCAUAUCAGGCUCGGUGGCAGCCCCCUCUGUGCCGCCAUUCAAGCCACCUUUCGUGUGGCCUUCAAUGCCGGUAGGGCUAGAAGACGACACUGAAACCGACCCCAGCCAGGCCACCAUCACCACAGACACAAGGUCCUUUGCAAUUGCAACCUCGCAGUAUGGGUCAGGCUGGAGCCCACGGACCCUUAGCCGAGAGAACUAUACACCAUUCAACAGCGACAAAUUCAAUCUCACUCCAUAUAAUAGUGACAAUUACAAGAAGGUCUAGUUUCUAGUUUUUCUACAGCUACUGUAACAUGCUGUAUGAUUUUCCUUUUUCUUAUUUUUUCCAUACCCCCUUGCUUUGCUUUUCUCUUAUGUUUUUACUCAGUGGGUGGAGAACAAAGGUUUAAUUAAAUUGUGUAAAUCUGGGCUGCUGUCUUGUGUAAUGAGUCAUCACAUCCAUAUUUGUAACUUGUAAUACCUCUUGUAAAAGGAGUGUUCCAUCAUUAACAGUUUAAAGUUCAUUUCAUUAAUU